UACUUGGAUUUAUCCUGUUAUUGGAUAUUUAAUGCACCGAUUUCUGUUCCACGACAUAUGACUCAACUUUUGAAUUGAUUUGAAUAAAAAAAGUGAGGUUCAACAUUGGAAACCACGACAAAGAGUUCAUUAUUCUAUUAAUAGCGAUGAUGAUAUUGUUGUUACUAUUGUAAUUGUGCUGGUUUUUACACGAUACUAUAAAAAUCAAUCACUCAGUACAAAUAUUGGGGCAGCUGAGUUAGGGGAGAUCACUCUGUCAAUGCAAGCGAUGACAUAAGCUUCUGGUUUUAAUUGUAAAGAGCUCUAGCAUUGACUAUUGGGAAAACCAUUAGAAUGGGGAUUUCCAAGUUAGACUGAAUAAUCAAGGACUAGAACGAUGCAUCAAAAGAAGACUUUAGCUACAGUGAACUGGUUACUACAGUUGUUAUCAUUACAAUUGAUGUUCACACAGUUUUCUGCAGCAGCCGUAGCAAAAAUAAAUAGGUGUCCUGACGGAUAUACACGUCGUUUAUUGUGGAUAAGAGGAAAACAGGCUCGAGAAGUGUGCUGUAGAUUUGUAGAAUGUAAUCCAGGUUAUUAUGUGAGAACUUGUGAUGAAGAAUUUGGGAGGGAUAGAUGUGAAAAAUGUCCAGAGAAAACAUUUAUCUUCGAUAAAACUAAUUCUACAAAUACACAUCCAUGUCCUAAGUUUGAAUGCCCACCUCACAUGAGACAAGUUAAUUAUUUUCCUCUGGGUAGCUGUCAUCAGCCAUGUUUAUGUGACACAUCUAAAAUGUAUUACUUAAAGAAUGAUCAGCGAGACCAUUGUAAUUGUUUACUGUUUGAAGGUUCUUGUCCAGCCUGGCAAGUUCUAUCACUUCUCGGAAAAUGUGUUUCACCAAGAGAUGCAGAGUUAAUAGAAGAGAAAACUAAACCUAAGAAUCCUGUCACAUUUCCUCCAUCGUUUGUCAAUCCUGGGGCAGCAGAGAACACGAAAAGUAAAAAUACAGAUUCCAAGAGUAGUCUGUCGACUACUAGUUGCAUUUUAAUAUCCAUAGUGUUAGUGGCAGCAUUCAUUGCAUUAGUAGCUGUUGUAUAUCUCAAGAUUUAUAGACAGAAAAAUCAUAAUAAUCAUGGUACUGAAAGGGUAAUUUUACCAGCUGUCAACAGACCAGUGGCUAAUGUCCAUCCUCAUGCAAGAAAUGAAAACAAAGUGACAGCUACAGUGACAAUAAGUGCUCAGCCUGUCAAUGUUAAUCAUUAUCUGACAGCACCAGCCAGUCUGGUCACAUCUCAUGCAACCAGUCAUGUAGAAACAGAAGCAUCACCAUCGGUACCGAACAAUCCCGGCACGUGGCCGUCACCCGAUACAGAACAGCCAUUAAAUUAUGUUGACCUUUCACCUUGUCAUUUGUACCAAUCAAUACGGAGACAGCAACCUAUUGAUGGGUCACCUGACAGAGCAGCAUCGCAGCCUUUAUUACACAAUGUAGAACAUUUAUAUCCAAGUUUACCACCGUCAACAAAUUUGUUGUUUUCACGAGGAUCUUCACAAGACUCAGAAAUCGAUGAUGAUAAUACAAAUGUGAAAUCAACGAGCUGAUUUGUGUAUAUUUAAUGUUAAACAAUAUAUGAAAAAGCAUUUAAAAUAAAUAACCUCUUUUUACUGGAGUUUACAUUUCACUGAGGAUAUUACUGAAUUAUUGUUCUAAAACUUAGAUAUUGGAUCUGUUAUGAAAGCUGGACUUUUUUUUCUUUUUUUUUUCGUAUUGGUUUUCUAUGUCACUUCUGUGCCUUUAAAAAAUUGAUAACAUAAUGAAUUUUCUAACUUUCAUUCAUUAGAUUUCAAUAUAGAAUAAUUGAUUUGAGUUAGAUUCUCAUUAAUUAUUUAGUUAGU